AUGGUCCAAAUUUUUGGAAUAUACCACCUGCUAUUGAUUAUGAGAUACGUGCAAAAUAAAAAGUCCAUGAGAAAUGUGCAACUCGCUUCUUCUUUUGUUAAUAUUUUAUCUAUCCUUGCAUCAGUUUUAUAAGCGCUGGCUGUUCAUAAUAACCUGUGGUCGAGUUCAAGUUGACGUUAAAAUUGAGCGGGACGUAAAGUUAUUUGUUUUGGUGUAAGUUAUGUUUUUCGUUUUAAGUAAUUUUAAAUUACACCAAACCAAUUGAUUAUAGCAAAAAAGUGAGAAAACUGUAUAAGAUGGACGACUCACAAAGUUCCGACUUUCUGUCUGAAAGUACCGAUAUAUUUUGCAAUAGUCCUACUGAAGAAGUAACAAUGGACUCCGACACAUAUAAAUCUCAGGUAACAAGCACGAAGUUUGCUUUUUCUGGUAUUAGAAAGGAGAUUAAGAGGACAUCAUUUUCAGUCAAAUUUUCUACUUUAUUGGACGAUUGUAGUACCUGUGUAACUCAGAGUUUAGACUUAAUUACAGAAUUGUUAAGUGGAACGAGCUUCAAGCAGAAUAUACUUGUGGAGUACAUGAAUAAUGUGGUUUUCUUGUUACAAUCUCUCUCAGAUUUGAUCAAACAUGUCAUUGAGACAAUAUCUGUGUCUUGUUGCUCAAUGAAGACUUUUCCAACUGUCACAGGGCAUAUUAUUAAGCUAGUAUUUACACAUUGUAAGGACAGUGAAUCUCUCUAUGGAAACAAAUUAAACUAUGUGGAACAACAACUUAAAGACUUAUUCCGAUCUUGCCAUGAGUUGCAGUUGACUUACCUUAUGGUUUUAGAGAAACAUAUCAUCUUUGAUUUAACUGAGAAAGAAGAACAAGAUAUACUUACAUCAGCACUAGACAUCAAUUUGAAGAUAGGUGAGAUUGUACAGAGCCUUGAUGUGAAGACGAUGGCUGAACAAUGGAAGGCCUACACCAUGAUCUGUGAGAAGUACUCCCACUGCCUGAAGGACAAGAGGAUAUACAGCAACUGUACUAAGAUACUGUGUGCCAUGAUCACAAGUAAUAUGAAAACUGCAUUGGAGGAAAAUCUAGAAGAGAAAGUUGCAUUGCGGUCACUUAAAGUGAGCAGUUUCACUAUAAAGAUUUUAAUCAGAGUUUGUAACACAUUUAGACAAGCCAGCAUUAAGGAUCAUCAGGGUAUUGUGGAACUUCUACUGUAUGUAUUUGUUUAUAACGAGGCUUAUCUGCUAACAAUGGCUGGGAAAACGUUGCAGUUUAUAAAUCUUUUCAAUAACAAUGUUAGUAGUCCAGUGAACUCUCUGCUUGCUGAACUCUUAGUGGACGAGAAUUUUGUCGAUUGUAUUUGUAAUUAUAAUGUGAACAAAAUAGAAAGAGACGACAAAUUACUUGGUUUAUUACUGUUAGUGAUUGCAGUAAUUAGAAUAUUAUUACAAAAGCAUACUGAUCAAUCUUUAAAUGUGCAAAAAUAUAAGUUGAUCAACGCUGUAUACAAAUUAUUGCCUUAUUGUUACGUUUGGUUUAACCUGGGCCUCCGUUUCAAGUGCGACAAACCUAGCCGACAGUACCAAACGUACGGACUAUACGAACAUGUACUUACACACACAGCAGCUUUAUCUGCUGUAUGUAAUACUGAAGAAAUUCAUCUCUUGGAGAAUAAGAUGAUGGAAGCAAUUCUCAGUACAGAAUGUUCCAGUGCUAUGUUUUCGUCAAAUCUAUGGUUAUUGAUAGCAAGAAUAUCCCCUCGACAAUACUUACAAGGGGUUGUUGUAUCACUAUGCAAGUUGUAUCAAAAACUAGAGAAAAACACAUUUGCCGAAUCUCCCCAAAGAGUUCAUUUAACACAUACGAUCACUGCUCUAUACGAAACAAUGGUUAACGAAGACAAAAUGAAACUAUACAGCAUGUUCUCAAUUUACGAGGACAGAAAUGCAUCUUUAUGGACCUGUUUGAAACUAUAUAAUUUGCCCAACGAGGCACAAAUGAACGCUGAAGAUAUUGUUUUAGAUAAAUUUCGAACGCAACUCCGAAACUUAACAGCUACUGAAAAUUUUGAAGAUGUAAACUUUUUGAUAAAUACAAUCCAUUCAGCCAGCACUUGUUCACUAGUGAAUAGAGAGGAGGAAAUGGAGAGUUUAUUUAUAGAGGCCUGGACGAAGGCUUGCCCUAAGAAUACGCAACACUUAAUUAAGUCACUGGAUGCAGGCACUGUAUGGUAUUAUAAGUAUUUAGAAGCAAUGGUUCAGUUGACUAAUUCUAUGGAACAUGUUUUUCAUGGACAUAGUGCUAAUGUUAUGAAGGUGCUACACUCCGUAUCAAACAUUGUCCAGUCAGGGUAUAAAGAAUUGAAAUUACUGUUGAUAAAUAUUCUAUGUAAAUUAGCAAAUUUCGAAACGAGUGUCAUGAAUAAACAUGUCGCAGAUUCCAUUCUCACGCAAACAUUUAGCAAAUUAUUUCAAGACACGGAUUUGAAUGUAAAGAAUAAAUUAUUUAUUAUGUUGCGGAAGUAUAGAACUGAUGUACUUGAUAAUAUAUUGUCUACGAUAGCUGAUGGGGACGAAUCAUUACGAGAUACAUGGGACUGUUUCAUCACUCACGGGAGAUUGAAGAGAGAAAAUUUCGAGUUAAAAGAGCAGUUACUCCUUGUCAGUAGUUUUAAAUAUUGUCAUAAAUGUGUAGAGAACGUCGCCGUUACAAAUUCUGGAUCCGUGACGAUGGAAAAGGCAGUCAGUAACAAUUUCGAUUUCGUUGAUAUCGAUUCGUUGUUUGACGCCGAUAGUGAUGCCGAGCCUGCGUGCAAGAAAGCAAAACUAAACUCAAAUGAAGUAGAACAAAUUAUUAGUAGGUUGGAACACGAUGUGACGUCACUCUAUGAAGCGUCUCUUAUAAAAGAGAAUACGUUCUCGUCCGAACAAAAACAUAGGAUUAAAAUUGUAUGUAAUACCUUGAACAAUAUAAUUGACUGAGUUUAACUGGUUUCAUUGUAAAUAAAUAAAACAAAAGAUAUUUCACAUUUAUAUUUAUUGUUGUGUUAAAAAAAUCUUUACAAAUAAGUGAAAUAUAGUAAUCAUUAUAAUAACCGUACUUAAAACCAGUAUUCAGAUUACACUGCCAUAAAAGAUCUCUAAAAGGUUUGGAUAUCAAACAUCUAAAGGGGAUAACAUUUUAACAGCAGUCAAUUUGUACAAAACAACCACUAGUUACAUAGUUAUGACAGUGUAACAAUACUGGUACUCGAGAAUAAACUAAAAUAGAUUUAAUUGAUACUCGGAGGUAAUAAGACCUUAGUUCACAUGUCAAACAGUAUCAACUAUCAUCAGUCGCACUUGAAAUGUAUGACUUCACCCUAAAUCGCCGAAACACUUACACUUGGUACAGUUGUACAGUACCGUAAACCAAAGUAUAAAUGUAAACCACAGCAACAGUUACUAAAUAAAUUCUAGUUAAAUAUUUAUAUCUAACAUACAUCAUUCACAUAGCUUAACUCUAUUCGUUCUAUUGAUCUCUUCAUAAUUGUGAUGGCGAAAUAUUUUUAAGAAAAUACUUAAAAUUGGCUAACUAAUAAUUAAAAUUAUUGAAUACACUGAUAAUAUUGCCGUACAUGUACAUACAUAAAUGGAUAGACAUAGCGGACGUAGCCAUUCCAAUAAAGCAUAAAGCCUAAGCAUAUCGUACAGCUAAAACUUAUGUAUUACAAUGAAAUAAAUUAUAAAAAUAAUACAUGAGAGUAAACAAUAACGUUGGAAUUAAUUAAUUAAUUUACGUGAAAUAAGAUCGUACGACUUUGUUAAUAUUAAUACUUGACGGACAGAUUUCCGUAGUGUUGAUCGUGAACACUGUUUGUGUUUUUUUACAAUAAAUCCAAAUAGAAUACAAA